GUUGACCCUUCAAGAUGGAGAUCAUGGAAAAAUUGGACUCCAACGAUGAUCCAGAAUGGGCCAUUGGUGCAAAAAUGUUCAAAGGAGACGAGUCCGACGAAUGGAAAAAUCGCCGGGCCAUACCUCUAACUGAAACAUCUUCUUUUUUACGAGCGCAUGAUUCAGGGGGCAUUCUCAAUACCCAAAGAGAAGAGGACCACACCAGGAUAUUCGCCUCGCUAGUCCCUGAUGAAGUUAUUUAUCACAUCCAGGAUUACACCAAGAGAACCUUUGACGCCUGUUUACUCUUCGGAGAUGUGUCAGGAUUUACCGAUUUAUGCGAAAAAUAUAACAAGACAGGAAAAGGAGGUCCCUCAAAGCUCACCCAGGUGCUCAAUAAUUAUAUUGGAGCCAUGGUCCAAGAAAUCUUAUCCCAUGAUGGUGACGUUUUCAAGUUUUCUGGAGACGCUUUUAUAGCUUUGUGGAAGGUCACUGAAAAUUUGUCCAUGAAAGAUGCUGUGCAUGAAGCUAUUGAUUGUUCGUUGGGCUGA